AUGACCCCGGGGAGCAAGGCUGUAUCAAGUUGGGGGGACAGCUGUGCCCCACGUCUCAGAGCUGGUUCCUAUGUUGUCCUGGGGUUGGGGUACUGCUGGGAGGGCUGGAGAACCCCCUUGGCCAGCUACAGCCAUCCAAAGGCUGAGCCAUCAAGCUUGGGGACACCAGCUUGGGACAAGGUGGGGGACCACUGCUCAGGGCUGUGCUCACCCAGCUGUGGGUUCUCCCAGGCCAUGUCCAAGCUGGGACUGAGGCAGAUCCACGGCGUCACCCGCAUCACCAUCCGCAAGUCCAAGAACAUCCUCUUCGUCAUCACCAAGCCCGACGUGUUCAAGAGCCCCGCGUCCGACAUCUACAUCGUCUUCGGGGAGGCCAAGAUCGAGGACCUGUCGCAGCAAGUGCACAAGGCUGCAGCAGAGAAGUUCAAGGUGCCCAUGGAGCACUCGCCGCUGAUCACGGAGACGGCCCCUACCCUCACCAUCAAGGAGGAGAGCGAGGAGGAGGAAGAGGUGGAUGAGACGGGGCUGGAAGUGAGGGACAUCGAGCUGGUCAUGGCUCAGGCCAACGUCUCGCGCCCCAAAGCCGUGCGGGCCCUCAGGCACAACAACAACGACAUCGUCAACGCCAUCAUGGUGAGUGGAAGAAGGGAGACGGACUGA